CGUGCAGCUGCCCAUCGACCAGAUACUGUUUUGUGUUUGCUUUGGGAUACCUCACAGUGUGCCAAAUCACUAGAGUCUAUAUCUUUGAUUAUGGACAAUAUUCUGCUGAUUUUUCAGGCCCGAUGAUGAUCAUCACUCAGAAGAUCACCAGUUUGGCUUAUGAAAUUCAUGAUGGGAUGGUUCGAAAGGAUGAAGAACUGACUCCAUCACAGAGGGGCUUGGCUGUAAGGCGCAUGCCAAGCCUCCUGGAGUAUGUAAGUUACAACUGUAACUUCAUGGGCAUCCUGGCGGGCCCACUCUGCUCUUACAAAGACUACAUUACUUUCAUUGAAGGCAGGUCGUACCACAUGACACAGUCAGGUGAAAACGGAAAAGAAGAGGUGCAGUAUGAGAGAACAGAGCCAUCUCCAAAUGAAUCCGUGGUUCAGAAACUCCUGGUGUGUGGGCUCUCCUUGCUCGUUCACUUGACCAUCUCCAACAUGUUGCCUGUGGAGUACAACAUUGAUGAGCGCUUUCAAGCCACAGCUUCAUGGCCAACCAAGAUUACCUAUCUGUACAUGUCUCUACUGGCUGCCAGACCUAAAUACUAUUUUGCAUGGACCUUAGCUGAUGCUAUUAACAAUGCUGCAGGCUUUGGUUUCAGAGGAUAUGACAGAAAUGGAGCAGCUCAUUGGGACUUGAUUUCCAAUUUGAGAAUUCAGCAAAUAGAGAUGUCAACAAGUUUCAAGAUGUUUCUUGAUAAUUGGAAUAUCCAGACAGCUCUUUGGCUCAAAAGGGUGUGUUAUGAACGGGCCUCCAUCAGUCCAACCAUCCAGACUUUCUUUCUCUCUGCCAUUUGGCAUGGGGUAUACCCAGGAUACUAUCUGACCUUUUUAACAGGGGUAUUGAUGACAUUAGCAGCAUGAGCUAUGAGAAACAACUUUAGACAUUAUUUCCUCAAAACUCCCCAACUUAAAUUAUUUUAUGACAUCAUAACAUGGGCAGUAACUCAAAUAGCAAUAAGUUAUACAGUUGUGCCAUUUGUGCUUCUUUCUAUAAAACCAUCAUUCACGUUUUACAGCUCCUGGUAUUACUGCCUUCACGUCUGUAGUAUCUUAGUAUUAUGGUUGUUGCCAGUGAAAAAGACUCAAAGAGGAAAGAAUAUACAUGAAAACCAUCAGCUCUCACAGUCCAGAAAGGUUGACGAAAGAGAAAAUUCUUUGGGAGAGGACAGUUUCUCCUCAAGAAACAGCAUUUGCAAUCAGAACCAAGAAAAAGCCUCUAGACCAUCUUCAUCAAGGCAGUGAUGGGGAGGCCUUCCUGCUGACUGCCUUUCUUGUGUUGACAGAAACCAGUCUUAGCACCUUCGCAAGGGGUUUGUGUUUGUUUGAAAAGAGAUUAACGGGGGAAAUGGGACAGCUAUAGGUAGGGAAUUUCCUGUAAACCAGAUUGGAAACGGAAAGAAGCAGCCCUCCCAUGCCAUGUUCCUGUGGGCCACGCCUUACAUAAAAAUAUUUUCAUAUUUCAUGGGGCAUUCCAACCUCAGCAUAUGUCCACAAGGUCAUAUGUGUGCCCUGUUGCCGAAUGUAUGUUGUGUACCCCAAGGCACUGCAGAGGUGGAAAACUUAUCGUGUCCGACUGAAUGAUUGAGGGGGUUAACUUUUCCAAAUGAAUGUCUUGCCUUAAACCCUCUAUUUCCUAAAAUAUUGUUCCUAAAUGGUAUUUUCAAGUGUAAUAGUAUGAGAAGAUUAUUUCAAUAUUUGAUGUUGUAUAAUGUAAAG